AUGAACUCACAGAAUGAACUGGCCAUUUGGGGUGCCUCCACCACCCAGGGCCCUGGUUUUGAGUACAAGAGACUCAAAGCUGAUGCUCUCUGCCAACUUGUGGUACCUUAUCUGUGGAGAAAACUAGGCUCAAUGUAUGACAGACAAUCUGAUGACAAUGACAAUGAUGAUGAGAAAAAUGAUCAUCUGGAGGGUGUGCUGGAGGUUGAAAUCAAACCCUGGAAUGAAGAUGUCAUGAGCAUAAGGGAUGCACACCCAUUAAAGGGAGAGAUCACACUGGUCAAGGCUCCUGAUGGAAUGGUUUUGCACAAGGUGUCUGACAAUCCUGAGUGGCAGAAGUCUUGUGAAGAAGAGGAUCCAGGUAUGGCAGCACCUCAUGCACAGAGUGGAAUCCCAUUUCCAUCAUGCAAGUGGCCUCAUGUGGAGGUGACAGAUAAUGAUACAGUUCCUUAUGAGGAUGCACUUCAUGACCCACCAGCAUACAUGAGCUGUGAGAACACUCAAGAGCCUGGUUGA